CAAAUAUUAAAAAAUUACAAGCUAAAGUAACUAUAUAAUUCAUCGUUUCAAUAAAAAUUACUUUUUUACUUCUCUCCAUUAUCGGUUGCCAAUUGGAUUUUGUUGUCUUCCUGUGGAGAUAGCAACAAAGAUGCCCUCUUCUUCUCAGGCUUCAUCUCUCUCAUACUCUGCACAACUACAGAGGGAAGCUAUCCAGAGAAAAAGUAAAAUCCCAAACACCACAAAACUAAUAAAAAAGAACUCUUCUUUUAGCAAAUCAAGGCUAACCAAACCAAACCCUUCAAGCUUUCUCCAGUUUUAACCAAAACCCAUAUCUCAAAUCCCUCAAAAGAACUUUCAGAACUGCCAUGAUUUGAUCUAUCAACACCAAUACCCAAAUGGGUUUUCCCUCAAAACCCUUUUCCCUUCUCCUCUGUCUCUCUCUCCUUCUCUUCACCAAUCUAGCUCAAUCUGCCACUGAUUAUGGCACUUUGGUGUAUAAGGGCUGUGCAAAACAGUCUUUUCAAGAUCCAAAUGGUGUAUACUCACAAGCCCUCUCUGCUCUCUUUGGUUCUUUAGUUUCUCAGUCAACUAAAGCCAAGUUCUUUAAAACCACCACUGGUACUGGCCAAACCACAAUAACUGGUCUUUUUCAAUGUAGAGGAGACCUCAGUAUUGGUGAAUGCUACAAGUGUGUCAGUGGACUGCCUGUGUUAACAGACAAACUGUGUGGCAAAACCAUAGCUGCAAGAGUCCAGCUUUAUGGGUGCUACAUUUUAUACGAGGUAGCGGGGUUUACUCAAAUUUCAGGUAUGGAAAUGUUGUAUAAGACUUGUGGAGCUUCAACUAUAGCAGGAAGUGGGUUUGAGGAGAGAAGGGAUACAGCCUUUUCUGUAUUGACAAAUGGUGUGGUUAGUGGCCAUGGAUAUUAUACUACUAGCUAUCAAUCUGUGUAUGUUUUGGGGCAAUGUGAAGGUGAUGUGGGGGAUUCAGAUUGUGGAGAGUGUGUGAAAAAUGCAGUGCAAAGAGCUCAGGUUGAAUGUGGGAAUGCUAUUUCAGGACAAAUUUAUUUGCACAAAUGCUUUAUUAGUUACAGCUAUUAUCCAAAUGGGGUCCCCAGGAGAUCAUCUUCAUCAUCUUCUUCUUCUUCUUCAUCAGGGACAGGGCAAAAUACAGGAAAGACAGUGGCCAUUAUAUUAGGAGGGGCAGUUGGAGUGGGGUUUGUGGUUAUUUGCUUGAUGUUUGCAAGAAGUUUGAUGAAGAAACAUGAUGAUUUUUAAGAGGAAGAGAUAAAGAUCUUUAAAGAGGCAAACAUCCCCUUUUUUUUUUCUUUUUUUUUGAGUUGGAUUCUUCCUACAUUUCCAUUUCUUUACAAAGUAAAAGUUCAAAGUUUUGGUGGAGAAAUAUAAAUAUGGGGUCUUUUGUUACAGUGUUGUGGUGGGAGAAUUCAUUGGGAAUGGAAGCAAAUUAGGAUAUGAAUUUUUUGUUCUUUUCUUUACAAAGGUGAGAAAGGAUGUUAAAAUUGUAUGGAUGAAAUGAAUGAAUUUUUAUCAUUGGAUGAAUUGCAUAGAA